AUGGAUCAGAAUUUGAAAGAGAGUGCUCUUCUCGCAUGGUCAGGAGACGCUCUGAUCGUUUUUUCGUGUAAUAUGUUAAUCUACUUAAUGCUACUCAUGUACAGAUUUGGUGAGACUCCCAUUUAUAAAGAAGAAACCUUGACCAGAGAGUUGUUUAACAAGUUAUGUAUUAAGCUCCAAGAAAAGACGGGAAUCGAAGUAUUCGUUGAAAAGAAAAAGCAAAACGAGCAAGUUGACAGAGAUGAAUUGCUAGAAUACUGUGAGGUUCUUUAUAUUUUUGCGGCAACUCGUGAUCCGCAAACAUACAUUUCUCCUAUUCUCCAACUUUCUGAAUCAUACCAGUCAGUAUUAAUGAAAAUAUACGAGGAAUUUUCAGGUGGAACGGAUAAACCUGACAAUGCUAUGAUCAAGGAACUCCAAUCUCUGGAAGAUGAGAAUACCCAAAUAAAGGAACAAUUAGCACUAUUGAAGAAGGACUAUGAAUUAUCCCAACAGCAACUCGAACAGAAAACGCAUGAUUAUGAAAAUCGUUUAUUAGAGGAAGGUUCUCGCAACGAUGAAUUAAUCCAACAAAUCCAAGAAAUGCAGAAAGAGAUCGCAAAGAUGAAACAGUCGCUAGCAUCCUCUGACUCAAUACGAGAGGAUUACGAAAAGCAGCAAGUUCAAUUACAAAUGCUUCGUCAAGAGAAUGAAGCGCUGAGCCAUCAACAAGAGCAAGGAAUAAAGACUUCGAUGCAAUUAGAAAAGUAUAAAGCCAAAGCCAAAGAACUACAAGAACAGUGCAAAGAUGUUGAUCAACUAAAAAAUGAACUUGCACGCUUAAGAAAAACAGAAUUAGACUUUGUUCAAAUGCAAAUCGACAUGCAGAAUCUGCAGGGUCAGCUUGAUACUGAAAAGAGGGCAAACGAAACACUCGCAGCCAAAUAUUCGCAGAUUGUGAAUGAGAAUGAGACUCUCCGUGCUGCUAAGAUAGGAAGCGAAGCAGAAGCAUCUCGGUUACGCCAGGUUUUGAAAGAGAGCAUGAUCGAAAUGAACGAAUCUUCCUUGAAGCGCACAAAAGAACCCCGAACUGUUUUCGAUUUGAAUGAAGAGCGAGAUAAACUGGAGGAACGUGUACAUGCCUUGGAGCAUGACAAGCAAAAUCAACAAACCAAAACGGAAGUCGCGGUCUUGAGCCAACAGAUGGAGGCGUUGGAAAAGUCCGAGAAAAACUGGAGAUCGUUCAGCAAAAUGAUGGUCUUAAAGAAAGGAUCAGACAGCUUGAGACGUUUUUUAUUUCAUAUUAUGUGUUUGAAUUACAGUGAAUAUCAACAUAUUCAAGAGGACUUCGAUAAGGAGCGUCAAGCUCGCUUGGAUCUGACUCAGGUACUCCAAGCUGAGAGUGCUCGUUUACGUGAGUCGAUAAAUCACUUGAAAGAAGAGCGGGAAAAGGAUGCUCUCGAAAAGGAACGACUACUAAAGGAAAAGGAGGAAGAGUUUUAUACGGAAAAAACAAAUUGGGAAAAGAAGCAAGCGGAGUUCAAGCUUCAAAUGGAUGAACGCAUCUCAACUCUUUCUUCACAACUGGAGCAUCUUCAACAAGAGUUGGAUAGCAAGCAGCAAACUCUUUCUAAACAAAAUUCAUUGAUUGAAUACGGAAAAACUCAGCUGCGCAGUCUCCAACAAAAGGUGGAAGAGGCCACCAAUGCAGCAGCAACAGCACAAAAGGAACGAGAAGUCUUGUCUACUAAAAAUAAGCAAUUGAAUCGCGAAGUAUUUCUUCUGCGUCAUGAAAAGAAACAGCCAGAGCCAAGCUCGUUAAGUCAGAAUGAAGAAUAUAUUAUGCUGCUCAAAGAAAAUGAAAACUUGUUGCGUCGUUUGAAAUCCUAUGAAAGCGGUCAAAAUGAAUCGACUCGAUGUGUGGAUGUUCUAAACGAUCGUGGCCAUAUAGCUCGUUCGCUAGAUAACAGGUUAAAAGCCCUCGAGAAUGAGAACAGCGAGCUAAGCAUGGUAAAGAGUCAACUUCUUCAAAACAAGCAUAUUCUUGAACAACAGCUAAAUGAAGUGAUGGAAGAAUGCUCAAAGCUGAGAGAAAAGUCUACACAGUUUGAACUUCAGUUGAGAGUAAAGGGAUCUGGAGUGAUGAUCAUGGCUUAG